AUGGCCCAAAGACCUUACUCGACCCUUCACUCCCCCGACGACGUGCACAGGUUUAAUCAAGCCCAGGCCUCACAGUACAGUCUGCACACACCCACGGACGUAGUAUCCCCGCAUUCAUUCCGCGCAUCGCCGCCGCCGCCGCAGCAGCAGCAGCAGCGGCAACAGUCGCAUCAUCCGUACGCAAUGGAUACGGCGGAGUACCAAUUAACGGACUACCCGCCUCAACCGCAGCAGCAGCAGCAGCAGCAGCGGUCGGAACAGCAGCAACCAUACGUAGCAUUCCCCACAUCACCUACAGGUCCACGUUUUAGCUCUCCACCACCCGCCUUCGACAGCCAAUACCCGGACCCGCGAACACACGCAUCACCACCGACCUCACCAUCGUUCGCUCCCCCACCAACUUCGCCAACGUUCGCUCCCCCACCAACUUCGCCAACGUUCGCUCCUCCACCGACUUCACCAACGUUCGCCCCUCCACCAACAUCAGAGUCCGUGCACCCGGUGCCCACGACACUGGAUGGUCCCGUCCCGAUACCCCCGGACCCGAUACAAGCCCCGACGUACAACCCCUCGCACGACACCCCGCACACACCGAAAACCCCGAUAUACACUCCGGGCGGUGGCAGCGGACCAAACGGGGGCGUCCACGCGCCCGGACAAAUCGGCCAUCCGAACCAGCAGCAUGGCCGAGAGGAAUACCACCACGGCCUCUGCGACUGCUUCAGUGACUUUUCAACCUGUAUGCCCCCACUUCCCCUGUCCGCGCACAUAUGGAUAGCAAGGGAUUAACAAAGAUUGAUCCAGGUUGUGUCGGUUACUGGUGUCCCUGCAUCCUCUACUCCCGCACCCACCAUCGCAUAAAAACGAUUCCGAAUUCAAACCUGAAUGACUUUCACAAUUGCAACGGGCACUGCAUAACAUUUUGCCUGCUCGGACCAAUUUCUUGUAAUUCUCCCCUCCCCAUCUCCCUCCGCCCCUUCAGUUCGAGCUAAUGAUCAAAAGCAGGGAUCUUCACCACUCUGCAGCGAACGCGCAUUCGUGACAAGUACCGACUUGAGGGCUCACUGGCUAGCGACUGCGGGAAGGCGUAUUGCUGCGUCAUGUGCACGUUGGUCCAAGACGAGCGGGAGGUGCGCGAUCGGGAGGAUGAGAGGAGGAGGUUUGCUGGGCCCGGUAGCGGUGUUGUGGGGGAUGGGGGAUAUAGGAGGCAAGAGACUAUGGUUUAUGGGAGAAGUUAGUUGUUUGUUCGCUUCCUUCUUUUUUUCCCAUUUUUUCCCCAUUUUCUUCUUCGAGGGGUUUGCAUUGGUAAUGGGGUAUUUUAGUGUUGCUUGUGUUUUUAGCGUCUCUUUCUUUCCUGGUUGCUCUGGUCGGUUUUGGUCUUUUCCCAUUCCCCUUUCCUUUUUUUUUCCUCUUCAUCACUCUGUCCUAUUCUUCUUCGGUCUUUAUAUACACUGUGCGGGUUGAUUGGUGGGUCGGUACAGUACGAUACGAUAGGUUGGGGUUUAAUGUAUUUAUUCACUCCAGGUUUGGAGAGGGGAAGAAUGGAUAUGAAUAAAAUGCGUUUGC